CCCUUGUUAAUAGAGCAUGCUGGGACGUUAGUGAAAUCCCAGGAGUAAAUUUGAUUGAAAAUUUAAUAAUUUUAGCCAAACCAUGUCAAAACGGAAAAAGUCUGCCCCAGUUAUAGAUUCUGACAGUGACGGCAGUGGUAGUGGCUCUAAUCUUGACGAAGAACUCAAAGCAUUGGCCAAGAGAAAGAGGCGGACAUCUGAAUCUCAGUCUAAGGCAGCUAGCCAAUCUAGUGGAGGGAGUGACUCAGAAUCCUCAUCUGGUAGUGAUGGAGAAUGGAGAGGAGACGGGAAGAAAAGUAGAAAGAAAAAGAAAAUAUCAAAGAAAACACAAAGAAAGACAAUGGUAGCUUCAUCAUCAGACAGUGAAAGUGAGGGAGAAAUAAGAUCAGAACCCGAAGAAGGAGAGGUUUCUGAUUCUGAUGAUGACUCUGGUGAUGAACAGUUUCAUGAUGGUUUUGAUGAGAACCUGAUGGGAGAUGAUGAAGAUAAACAAAGACUAGAGGAUAUGACGGAGAAAGAAAGAGAGCAGGAACUCUUCCGUCGUAUGGAGAGAAGAUCUCUACUUCAAACUAGAUUUGAAAUAGAGAGAAAAUUAAAACAUGCCAAAAAGCUUGAACAGAAGAAGAAGAAAGAGAAAGGGGGUGAAGCCUCUGGACCAAAGGGUGUCGUUGGAAUGGUAGCUAGCAAACGUAGUCAGGAAAGAAGAAAAGAUUUAGAAUCAAAGAAAGACAAUAAAAAAUUGACGGCUAUGCAGGAAUUAAAAGCAAGGAGAGAAGAGAAGAAAUACAGAGAAGAACAAAAGCAACAAGAGGAAGAUAAGAAAAAGCCACUGAAAGCGAGUGACAUUUAUUCUGAUGAUGAUGACGAUGAUGAUGAUGAAGGUGAAGAAAAGGCAGAGAAACAGAAAGAAGAAGGUGAAAGAGAGAAGGAUGAUUCUGACUCGGACAGUAGUAGAAGUAGCAGUAGUCGUAGUAGUCGGUCUUCCUAUAGGUCAGAGUCAUCAGACGACGAGUCAAGAUCAAAGUCACGGAAAAGAUACACACCUAUAUCCUCAAAAGAUGUUUUAUCAAAAAUCAGAUUGUCUCGAAAUAAACUUGAAAGGUGGUGUCAUAUGCCAUUUUUCAAGGACACUGUUGCCGGUUGUUUUGUACGGAUAGGUAUAGGAAAUCAUGAUAGUAGGCCUGUAUAUAGGGUGGCAGAAAUUGUAGAUGUUGUUGAAACAGCCAAAAUAUAUCAAUUGGGUAGCACAAGAACAAAUAAAGGUUUAAAAUUAAGACAUGGUGCAGCAGAGCGGGUAUACAGAUUAGAGUUUGUAUCAAAUCAAGACUUUACAGAGUCAGAAUUUUUCAAAUGGAAAGAGGCAGUGAUGUUGUGCGGGUCAAUUUUACCAUCAACAGAUGAUGUACAGAAAAAACUUAAAGAUAUCCAGUCAGCUCACCAGUUCAAAUUUAAAGAUGCAGAUAUUGAAAAGAUUGUAGCGGAAAAACAAAGAUUUAAAAAGAAUCCUCAUAAUUAUGCUUUGAAGAAAACCGAUUUACUCAAACAGAGGGAAGAGGCAGUGUUGAAAGGUGAUCAUGAAAUGACCAUUAAGUUUCAACAAGAACUUGACAGUUUGGAGGAACGAGCGGAAGAUCUCGAUAAACAGAGAAGUCAAAGUAUCAGUUCUAUAAGUUAUAUUAAUCAGCGUAACAGAUUACGUAACCAGAUUGAGAAGGAAGAAGCUAUGAAAAAAGAAUUUGAGGACAUGAAGGGAGCAGCUGCUGAUCCUUUCACUAGACGCCACAGUAGACCUACACUAGUCACAAAAUCACGUGAUACAGCUAUGACUCAAAUAGAUGAAGCAAAAAAGAAAGAACUGGAAGAACAGCGGAAGAAACUUGUAGAACAGAAUAUAGGACAAAAUAUGGCAGCAUUAAAUAAAGACAAGAAAAAUGACUCCAUGAUGUUUAGUGGUUCAAAAUCAGCUGAGAAAAAACUUUCUGAAGAUCCAUUUGCUGAUCACGAUUUUGAAAUAAAAAUUGACAUGGAUCUCUCGACGACAAAUACCGCUGUAGUUGUACAAAAUCGACCAACACCUCAAUUUAAGCCAGGAGCCCCACGACGUUCUCUAAACCUAGAUGAAUAUAAAAAAAAGAAAGGACUUAUAUAGCAUAUGUUGAGAGGGCAUUGUGAGAUUCUUGAGUGGGUUGUGAGCAGGGAGUUAGAAUGUGAGAGAGAGAAAGAAAUGUGAGGCUGAGUUUUAAGGAGAAAAUAUUAAAAUACUUGAAAACUAUUAAGUACAUAUCCAUGCAAUUUCAUGAAAAUCAAGCAGAGUUUACUGUGUUUGGGUCAAAUUAGAUUUACCAAGACUAAAUCUAGAAACUAGCUAGCUUUUCUCUGUCUAAUUUAAUAAAAUAAAUGGAUAAUGAUGAAAGCUUGCCAAAUGUUUGUGUUAAACUAAUGGCUUACACCUUUUAUCACCGUGAUUAUUCUUUGUCUGUCUCAUAGAUUUCCAAUUAUAUUGUUUAUAAAUAGUUCAGACAUGCUGAGCAUAAAUAUUACAAAAAUCUCUGUGAGAAAAUCUCUUCACAAUGUUGAAAUUUAAGAUAUGUUCUCUUUUGAUUUUUUUCCAAAAGCUCAGUUAAUUUUUAACACAACGUUGGAUUUGAAUUACUUUGAUAGGCAGUGACUAACUGUUAGCAAUGAAUCUUGAAAAACUGGUGCCCAAACUGUUGUAAUUUUUGAGUUCCUGCUACAAUUUUUGUUUCAGUAUUUUGUUUUCACAUCCAUUAUGUUUCUGUAGAUUAGAACUCAGGUGAGCAAGUACCAGUGUCAGGGGUUAUAUAGAAAUUUUCUGAUUUCAAACUCGGAUUUCAGGUAUUUGAUUGGCCAGGAACCGUCACAGAAUGUGCACUGACAAAUGAAAAUCCUGAGAUAUGAGUCAGAUCUCGGAAGAAUGUUUCAUAACCUUGAGGCCAGGCCAUUUUGUCAUUGUUAAUAACCUCAUUUUUGUUACAUUUUUACACCAAACAUAAUGGCAUUAUCAUGGCAGUAGUGUCCAUUAAUAAACUGUUUUAGGGGGAUAUAUUGUAAAUUUAUGGGGGGAUUGCCUAGUGUGAAACAAAUAAUGAAUGAAAAUAAAACAUUUUUAGCAAUUUUUUGUUUUACAUAGGGUGUUGUAUGUAUAUUGUCUUACGGAGUUGAAUUUUGCUUAUUUUAGUCACAAAAGUUGUUUAGAAUUUGAAAUAAAAGCAUUAACAUAAUCUUUGAUCAUUAAUCUGUUUUCAGUGUACUUUUAGCAUGGGGUUAAUUUGAUGAUCAUCAGAUGUUACAUUGAUCAUACAUUUGAGCCGCGUCACGACAAAACCAACAUAAUGGCUUUGCGACCAGCAUGGAUCCAGACCAGCCUGCGCAUCCGCGCAGUCUGAUCAGGAUCCAUGCUGUUCGCUUUUCAACUCUAUAACAAGUAGAGAAACUGAUAGCGAACAGCAUGGAUCCUGAUCAGACUGCGCGGAUGCGCAGGCUGGUCUGGAUCCAUGCUGGUCGCAAACCCACUAUGUUGGUUUUGUCGUGACGCGGCUCAUUUCUUGAAUCUUUAGAUAUUCAGACAUGCUUAUAUUUUCACAUGUUGUCCUCUUAUAAAACCAAUUCUUGUAUAUCUACAGUUUAUUAUUUUAUUUAAAGAUUAAAUAAUUAAGGAAAAGCUGUGUUAAAAAUGUAUAAAGAUAUAUAUACAUGUAUUUUAAUUUAUGGUUUAUACAAAUUUAUUUUAGUUUAGUUGUGUUUGAAGCUAUAAGCUUAUUGAAACACUCUUGAAUCCAUACCUGGAACCAAGCUGUACUAAGCCUAAGGAAUGAGCGUAAAGAUUCUUGCUCAAGGAAACAACGACUUGCUCCUGAAGGGGUUUAAACCCCCACUGUCAGCAAUCCUGAGAUCACUUGUCUGAUGUGUUAUUUUAAUUUAAAAAGAAUAAAAUAGACUACUACCAAAAUGAUUGCAUCAAAGAAAUAUGCAAAUAAGCAAAUGGCGCAUACACAAAAUCAUUGCUAAAUGGAAUGAAUUCUACUUAUUAAAACAGCAAAGUAAUAUUUUGGUACAGAACAUUUUAUUCUGUUUACAUACAAUAUUGAUGUUUGUUCAAUAACAGAGAUAUUCUAUGUUACAACUCUUUGGAGAAUCCACCAUAAGAUUAUGGAAACAAUAUAAUUUAUUGUUAGUUAUUCUUUUAAAAAUAUUUCAUAAGAUAUAUUUUUAUGAAUAUAUGUAAAUUGUUUUUUGUGUAAAGUUGAGCAUUGUUGUAUUUAGUCUGUCUUUGUAAUGAAAUUCUGAGAUGGAUAUAUGUCUCAUUUUUAAGGUCAAUUGUUUUAUUGUAUACAGUAUUGUCUUUUCAAAACUUUUUACCUUGUUGUAAAAGAAAAAGAAAAAAUGCUUUUUUUUGUAACAAAAUAAAAAUCAAAUUCAAUAUUUCAUUUUAUUCACACAACGGGUUUCCAUUCAAAAAAGUUCUUAUAUCGCAAAUUCUAUAACAGUUUUUCAACAAAUGUUCUUGGAAAUUUAAAACUUAUACAUGUAUAAUGAAAUGUUUGCUAGGGAUAGUUAUUUUCAGCCUGAAUUCAUUUAGUUUUUUUUUUGGUCAACAUAUUUAUACUUUAUUUAUAGGCUAUCUAUAGAUAGAUGUGUACUUUGUAUAUAGAAAUAACGUGACUGUAAAUUAAAUAUAUCUAUCACAUAGGCUACUGAAAUCUUUUGAUAAAAGUGCUAUAUGUUUUAUUAUGAUUUUUUUUAUAAGACAAGUGUUCUGUCCUGUUUGUAAGUAUUUUUUUUUAUCAUAUUUACUGCUGUAGUUAAUUUGGUAUAGAAAUAUAGUAAGUCCUAUUGUAUUGUGAUUGUAUGUUGAUAGUUUAGGUUAACCUUUCACCCUUAAUCUACCCAAUUUUUAUAAUGGAUUUUGCCUAGUUUUGAAUUUAGAACAGUCCAUUCAAAAGUUUAAGGGAUUUCAAUAUAAGAAUACAAAAGUUGAGAUUCCAUCAGUAUAGAGCUUACUCACACUAUACAGUUGUGCUGGCUGGCCUGUAUUAUGCUGGUGGCAAAAAGGUCUAUUACUUUUAGGUUGUAACAUUUUGAGGAUUAAUCUGCUGGAACUGAAGGUGAAUAACUUUUGCUACCAUUGCCAGUAUAGACUUGGCUUGUCACUAGAUUAGACCUGGCUUUAUACUGUUGGUAGCUUAUGUGUUGUAUUUUCAAUAUUGAAAUCGCUUAAACAUGUAACUGUUCUAAAUUUACAGUAGGAAAAAUCUAUUACACAAAUUUAGGUGAUUAAAAUAAUUACUUUAUGAUUAGUGCCAUUAAAGUUCUGUAUGAAAGUCUUAUACAUGUAUUUCCUACUCUUGCAAUCUCAGAUCAUUCAUCAUUUAAUUUUCACUAUUGGUUUCCAUGAAAGUAGCAUACCCAUAAAAUCAUUCUAAUGUUCAUGAAGUUUUUUUUUAAUGGAAAUAAAGAAAGAAAAUUAAGAAAGUCUGUUGAGUUAAACAAAUACUUACAUAUUUUUGGAUACAGAACUUGUUAUGGAUUUUAUGUUUUAUUGCUUAUUGAAUAAAAUUAAUUUAAUUUCAAUCUGCUUUUCUGUAGGGUAAAUGUUUAGUUACUGAUUGUAAAUAUUACAAAAGUUAAGCCCUUAAUGUCAUAUAUUGUAAUUUGUUAUUUCCAUUUUGUUUAUAACGAUGUGUUUCUCAGACCUUUUAUUUUUCUUCUUUAAUUAUUCCCGGUUUAGCAACAUCAUAGGGGCGUCCAUUGCUGGUUGGUAAAGGUCGUUGACUUCAAAUCACUUGGCCCUCACCACUGUGGGUACGAAUCCCGACAGGGACUUUGGAUUGUUGUAUGAGAGGAAGCUAUCCAGCUAGCUUAUGGAACGUCAGUGGUUCUACGCAGAUGCCUGAUCGUGCCUGAAAUAAUGCACUGAUGGGUACUUGAGGUCCUCCUCCGCCAGUAAAAGCUGGAACGUCGCCAUAUGACUUAUACUGUGCCAAUGUAACAGAAUCACAGAAACAAACAAUAACCAACAGCAUAAAAGAACCAAACUUGAGUCAUUCAAAUCCUUGUAGUAUAAAAUGUUUCGUCAAUUUUGUGUCAGUUUUCGACCUUAAACCUGCUGGAACCAAAAUGUUUAGUAUCUGUUAAAUCUGACCAGUCUCUUAACUGUUGGUAGAUGUCUUUGUAUUUUGUUAUUGAAAUCCCUUCAUAUUUGAAUGGACUGUUCCAAUGUCUUUGUUGGGCAAAUCCAUUACACAAAUUCAGCAGGCUAUAGGGUAACAGAAAUUUCUUACUUUUCUGCCAAGAAAUUGAAAAGAAUACAAACUAAUCAUAUGGUUUAUUUAUACUGUUAAUUGAAUUUUACAUUGAUAUAAUGCUUGUAUGUUAUUUAAAACUGAACAACUUUAAACAUAUUAUGUUUGCUUUCCAGUUAUUUCAUUAUAUUUUCUUGUUUUGUUUCUAACAUAAGCAAAAUUCUUCUCUUUAUACAAAAUUAAAUAUUUUAUGAACAAG